AUGGCCGCUGCAUCCACGGAGCAGCGUGAGUUGAAGCUGGUGGAAAGUGUCGAGUUCAAGAUCUUGGGCGUUGCAAACAAAGAAGAUAAGCUGCAUGAGCUGCUACAGCGGUAUCUGGCGCCUCUAAUCCUGAAGGCUGCCAGUGAUCAUGCUGCGGUCCGGGCGAGGGUAAUCCAAAUUCUUGCACGGUUGAAGACUUUUAUUCAAUCUCCCGAGAUUGUGCUGCCGGUAAAGGGACUGCUGCAACAAUACAAAUCUACAGACUCUGGUGUCAUUAAGCGUUUGGACCUGUCCUUUAUUUUACAUAGUUUGGACAGACUCGAUGUAGACGAAAGACGGGAUCUUAUCCCUAUCGCAUUGGCCGGUUUUGCGCAUGAUGAGGGACAACCGAGGGCAGCAACCGUCUUCAACAUCAUUCUCAGACUCCUGCUGGAUAUUCGCAUACCGCCUCGAGGGAGCAAAGAUGAUGAGGGUUUCCGAACAGCUAUUGGUCUUGGCGACGAUGCUGAUGCGCAAUUUCUGGCGAAAGCCAUUGGCAUCUUUCUGCGUCUCAGAACACCAAACUCUACACAAACCUUGGCGCAAUCAAAUCCAGCAUUGUCUCGAGAGGAACUGGCUCUCUUCCCAGACGAGUCUCCUGAAAACGAGAAAAUAUUCAAGCGAAUUACGGAACUGAAAUCCAAGUCGGUCACACUGCUCGCAAGUGGAGCUUUCAAAGACGAGGAACGAUUUCUUCCUGCUCUGUUUGCCGCUUCGGGCUUCGAUAAUAGAGUGGCCUCCACAGCAGAAGAGAUUAUCAAAAGAAGCAGCGUUUCUAUGGAGGAUGAAAACCUCGUGGACCGUUUGUUCCGAGCCCAUUCCCAGCUUCCAGCGCCAUACCGUGCGCGUAUUCUGUCAAUUUUGUCCAAGUCAACCAUUGCCACUGGAAAGUCUGACAGCAUCAUGGCUGUUGUAAAUUUGGACUUCCUGCCGCAGAUUUCUGAUAGCGCCUCUUCCCUGCAGCCAGCUAGUGCUCUGGAGAGAACAAAGCUACACAAAGCUCUUUUCCAGUUCCUAGCCUGGGUAGCUCAGGUAGGCCCAGCAAAAUCAGAAUUCACCAUUGGACCACCCCUCAUUCGCGCCAUGCGGUCUUAUAUCGAGAGCCAGGGAUGGCCGGUUCCAGAGCAGGCCUCGCAUGAUGACGUCGCUUUGCGAUGCAGAGCCUACGAAACCAUUGGCAUGGUGGCACGAAGCGCAGAUUUGCCAGCCAAUGAACGCUUUGAUCUCAGUGCUUGGCUCUUCCGCUCCUUGUCGGAAGACAACACCGGGGAGGCCGUUGUGAAUAUCGAUGGGGCCCUUUCUAGCCUCGCAGCAGCUAUACCUCCCAGUGUCGGCGGCAUCGAUUCUGUACUCAAGACAAUGCUUCUGACAUACAUGUCACUGCCCGAUGCGGCGCCUGCUGUCCGAAGUACCAGGCACGCCGUUGUGAAGUGGGCAAACCAGUGCCUUCCAUUCUCAGACGUCGUUGCCCGUUGGAUCGACAUCUUGGCUAUUGCGGGUAGAACCAAUGAGCGGAACGAUGUCAUUGAACAGGGGCAGAAGGGGCUGGACCCGUGGACGUAUUUUGCACAUACUGACGCAGACCCGCAAAUACCUGACUGGAAAGAAAUGACAACUACGUACUUCGACUUGGCCAUUGAGCCGCAGCGGCAUAAUGAGCCGCAAGGAAAUGCCCAUGCCGUCGUUGUUCCAGAUAAGGCCGUGUUCCAAAACUUUCAAGGAUCCCGUCUUGCCGCUUUUCCAGUAGCUCUUCAAUAUUGCAAAAAGAUGAUGCUCCUCGCAGCUCUUGAUGAUUUUGAUAUCAAACCGGACUGGAUGCAGAUACUCGAUGCGCAAAUCACGACGGACGUAGCAACUAGGGAUAAGGUACGCGCAUAUUUACGCUCCAUUGACAGCGGUUACAUCGUCUUCUAUCUCAAAGCUUGUCUGGAGGGCGCACUCAUAGAGGGCUCAUCGGUCGUGGAAGAGUGUCUCCGGUGUUUUGUUCAGAUGGCCGCAUGGAGCCCUGGCGGCCCUUUGGGCUAUCUCACGGAUACAAGUACAAAUUUGCUGCCUUUGAUCAAGUCAAACAACAGAGAGAUUCGUUCAUUAGCCGCAAGAGCAUUAGGAGUUCUUGUAGGCCACCCUGCCAAUGAUGCUGACUCCGUCAGUAACUGGCUUAUGACACUAAAGUCGUUGUUUGUGAACGCGGAAAAUCUGGUUGGUGCCGAAGCAAAUGCUGCUGAAGGAUCCUUGCUCGCGUUCAGUCAUUUGACAUCACGCUCUGUGUACUACGACCGUCCAUUCUCUGCGCCAACCGAGUAUCCACUGCACCUGUUACUAAAGGAGGCAGCCCGCACUUCUCUAUAUGAUUCAACUUUGGAGGCGUUUUCUCAACUUUGGGUUGCUAAAUUGGCUAUACCUCCAAUGGGAGGGGAGCACUCAUUAACAAAGGUUAUUGAAAAGUUGACCUCCGAGGCAAAGAAGGCCAACGAAAAAGCAAUUACAGCUUUGGGAAGUCUCGCCACGGGGUUGGAAGUUGAUAGCGGCAGUCAAGCAACGAGCGAUGAAUUUUCCGGUGUCCUGGGAGACAUUCUCAAGAGUUUGUUUUCCCUUCACGAAAUCAAGCGAGUCGAGGUUCAAUUCACUGUUGGCGAUGCCAUUACCGCCGCGGUAGCAAGAUGGGAUUCCAAUAGCGUCAAACUAAGGAUGGACGUUGAAGCCAGAAACCCAGCAAACUUUGCUGGUGCUCGAGGGCCUCUCAUCGAAGCCGUGUUGAAGAAGCUCUUGCAAGACUCCAAAGCUACGAAGCCAUCUUUGCUUAAAGCUUCCGGCAUUUGGCUGUUUUCCAUUGUGCAGUUCGGCUCCCACCUUUCUGAGGUGCAGUCACGACUUCGGGAAAUCCAAGCAGCGUUCAUGAGGCUUCUAAACGCGCGAGACGAGCUUGUGCAGGAGACAGCAUCCCGCGGGCUGUCAUUGGUAUACGAGCGUGGUGACGCGGAUCUCAAAUCCGCGCUGGUCAAGGAUCUUGUGUCCGCCUUCACUGGUAGCGGAACCCAGCUCAAGGUGGAGGAGGAGACCGAGCUAUUUGAACCGGGGGCCUUACCUACAGGCGAGGGCAACUCUGUCACUUCAUACAAGGAUAUUGUCAAUUUGGCCAAUGAAGUCGGGGAUCAACGCUUGGUUUACAAGUUCAUGUCCCUUGCUGCCAAUGCAGCUACUUGGUCCACGAGAUCCGCGUUUGGUCGGUUUGGGCUCAGCAAUAUUCUGUCCGAAUCAGAGGUUGACCCGAAAUUAUAUCCCAAGCUGUACAGAUAUCGAUUUGAUCCCAAUGGAAAUGUCCAACGGUCGAUGGAUGAUAUCUGGAAAGCUCUUGUCAAGGAUUCAAACGCCACUAUUGAUAAUCACUUUGACGCCAUUAUCCAAGAUCUCUUGAAGAGCAUUCUAGGCAGAGAGUGGCGAGUCAGAGAAGCCAGUUGCGCGGCCAUCUCUGACCUUAUCCAGGGUCGACCAUUUCCGCAGUACGAAAAGUAUUAUCGCGAAAUAUGGACCUCUGCCCUGAAGGUUUUGGAUGAUGUCAAGGGCAGCGUAAGGGAAGCUGCUUUGCGACUCUGCAUGGCCCUAUCGAAUGGGCUAGUUCGACAGUUGGAAGAAGGCAACCAUGCAGCUGCUGCGAGGGCAAUGAUGCAAGAAGCUCUUCCCUUCUUGCUAUCAGACAAGGGUGUCGAGAGUACCGUGCAGGACGUCCAAUUAUUUGCAACCGUUACUGUGAUGAAGAUUGCCAAGCACGGCGGCAAUGCUCUCAAACCCUUCAUUCCAGACAUGAUUCCGCAGCUGCUCGGCUUGCUGAGCACAAUUGAGCCCCAGCAAAUCAACUACGCCUACCAGCGCGCCGGGCUAGAGAGUCGGGACCAAAUUGAUAAAAUACGGUCGCAGAUGGUUAACCAGUCACCAAUCUCGGAGGCAAUUGAAAAUUGUCUUCGUUUCAUCGAUGCGGAAGUCAUGACAGUUUUUGCUCCUAAAUUCGAGGCUACGAUUAAGAGUGCGAUUGGCAUGCCGACUAAGAUAGGAUGUAGCAGGGUCAUCACAACACUUGCUACUCGUCAUAGCAAUGACAUUCAGUCAGUGGCGGGCAAGCUACUGCAGAUUUUGGAGAAACAGACAAUGGAUAAGAACGAUGAAGUGAGCCAGGCAUACGCCAGAGCAGCUGCAUACAUGAUACGGGCCGCCCCCGAUGCAUCCAAGGUCCGGUUUUGCGAGCGCUAUAUAAACAUGUAUUUCCAAGCCGAGGAUGAGAGUCGCCGGCAAAAGGUUGCAGAUGUAAUCGUGGCUGUGGCCAAGGUCUCGCCUGAUCAUUUCACUGCCCAAGAAACAGAGCUCUUGCCUUUUGCGUAUCUCGGUUCUCACGAUACGGAUGAAUACACCGGAAAGGUGUUCCAGGAAGUCUGGAAUCAGCAUGCGGGAAGCAGUCGCACCGUCACGAGAUAUGUAGGAGAAAUUGUCGGCCUUGUAGAGCGCUGCCUGGAGACUACGCAGUGGGCUAUCCGCCACACAGGCGCAUUCACGGUUGCUGCAAUGGUGGCUGAUGUAGCCAACGCUAGUGAAGCUACGGGAGUAAUUGACGAGGCCAACUUGAAGGCCAUUUGGCCAGUAUUUGACAAGACCUUGGCUUUGAAGACCUUCCCAGGGAAGGAGAAACUUCUCGAGUCAUACCCCCUCUUCGUCGAACGAGGCGAGCCUCUCUGGAAGAACGACAGUGUGAUCUCUGCGCAGAUGAAGAAGAUUGCCAUCAGAGAAGCAAAGCGCAACAAUGACGAGUAUCGACCUUAUGCCUUCCGCUGUCUAUGGAGGUUUGCCAAGGCUCGUCCAGACCUAAAUAUGCUCAAGGACAUUGCUGAUAUCGCUUCCCCAUAUCUUGAAGAGCACAAGGAUGAAGACAAGAUGGAUGUCGAUUCCAAAGAGAACCAGAAGGAGGAUCUCGACUCGAAGACGGCCAAGAACGCCUUCGAAGCCAUUGCCAGAGGAUACAGUCGCUCCAAGACCAUCGAUAUUCGCGUUUCGCUUGGAGAAAUUAUCAGGAUUCUGAAACCCUAUCUUGCUGCUGCGAGAUUUGAAUUUAUCAAGAGAGAAAUAUGGUAUGAGUGUGUGCACGACCUCAUGGCGGAUGCGGCAAAGUUAACAGACAUCAUGGAUUCACUACCCGUGCAGUUUGAAGGCUCAGGCAUACUUGCCGCUUACACGGCGAGCCUGGACAUUGAUAGAGGAGAGACUGGUACGGAGUCCCAGCGGAACAAGAGAGUCCAAGCACUGUCCAAGAUACUAGACGCGAGGUCCAAGGGUGUGUUUGGAAAGGCGGACUUUCCACGUUCACUAGAGAAUAAUGUGACAAGUGCUCUGGGGGAGGAGAGAUCUGCUGAUGUGCAGAAGGCGUGGAGGGAGGUUUUGGGGCAGAUUAGGCAAGCUCAAAGCUAG